ACCACGUGAUCAAUAUUUACGGAAGUAGUGCCUCGUAUUCAACUGUCAUUUGUGUCGCGUCGUGUCACGUAAACAUUGGUAAACAGAUACAUCGGUAUCACUCACCGACAAGAGAGAAGCCCGCUUCUCUCUCACUUAGCUUCACAUGAAGGACUGCUAACAUGUUAGCUAGUACAUGUUAGCAUGAGCAGCUGACGUUAGCUAACAUAGCUAGCUAGCUUGAAACCUCAGAGCUAACAACAACAACCCUGUCAUUCAGUUGCCCCUCCUGUGGGAUAUGGUCGUCUCGUGAGUCCGGAGGUCCUGUGAAGUCUUUACAGAUACGUUUAAUUAAAUAAACGUUAUCGCGUUUCUGGAAACGCUGACUACUGAACACAGCAUUAAACUAACCGCUAGCUUGCUAGCCAAACGCUAGCAUCAUGGGAGCCGAACAGAGUGGAGACGCGGAGCACAAGCACUCCGAUUACAGCUCCUCGGUGGUUCCCUCCCCAGCAAAGCAAAAAGCCAAGAUGGAUGAUAUCGUCGUGGUGGCUCAGGGGACCCAGUCAAUGCGAAAUAUCCACAACGACCCAGAUGUCAUCAAACUCCAGGAGAUACCCACCUUUCAGCCACUUUUAAAAGGAGUGCUGAGUGGCCAGACGUCGCCCAGCAGUGUGUGUCUGGAAAGGCUGGAGGCUGCUCAAGUUCUGCAGCUCUGCAUCCGCUAUCAGGACCACCUGCACCAGUGUGCCGAGGCCGUGGCCUUUGACCAGAACGCCCUGGUCAAGAGGAUCAAAGAGAUGGACUUGUCGGUGGAAACCUUGUUCAGCAUAAUGCAGGAGCGCCAGAAGCGCUACGCCAAGUACGCCGAGCAGAUCCAGAAGGUCAACGAGAUGUCCAUGAUUCUGAGACGCAUCCAGAUGGGCAUCGACCAGACGGUGCCGCUGAUGGAGCGCCUCAACAACAUGCUGCCCGAGAGCGAGCGCCUGGAACCCUUCAGCAUGAGGCCCGACGGGGACUCUGCCAACAAGUAGCCUCCUUAAAGCCGACACAGCUGCAUCCGGUCCUCCGGCCAGGAGGAAGUGCAGGUGUGUCCAGCUGUAGGGAAUACCUUGUGACGUUCUUUGGUUGCAUACUAGAGGUACAGCUACGGUGUCAAUGUGUCCGGCUGCUCUCGUCAUUUCUUUUGCUUAGUUUUGCUGAAAACACACACGCACGCACGCACGCACGCACGCACACAACCCUCUGCUACUGGCCGCUGAGCAGUUGCCAACUUAUGAAGUGCUGCAAAUCAAAUGUGCCCCUCACUGCAGAGGGCGUGGAGAUUAUUACCUCUCCUCCUCCCUGCAGGGACUCAAACUGGCGAUCUUCCAGGCACACACACUUUCCUCACACACUUUUGAUUGAGUCAGAAUGAACUCCAUAUGCUCGAAAACGUGUUCUGCAGAAGCCUUCCAGGUUUUUGAGACUCAAAUGGGUGUGUGAGCGGUGUAAAAGCAAUUUUUUUUCCUGCUGCUUUGGGGAGAGAUUAUGUGGAACAUCAGAGCCGCUCCCCUGUGUAAGUGCAGUGGAUAGAUUUUGGAUCUUCACAUUACAAAUAUUAGUGUUUUUGUGAUCCUGAUGCUCAUCUCGCUCCCUCGCCGUAUGUUUGGAGAUCCCUUCCAUGAACUGCCUGCAUGCAGAUCGACUUCUUUUACUUUUUCUGAACAAUAUCGUUGCAUCAUUUUUGGAAUAUUAUGACGAAGAGACUUUCGGGGAGAACCGAGACGGAUUAUUGCCGUUGGAUUACACGAGGAGCCUGGAUGUACAGAAGGACAGUUUCAAUAUUCUUAUGAACUUAUGUUUUGUGCUGAGAGAACUUGACUGUUAAUUUAUUGGGAUACUUUUGCUAUUUGCAUGUAAAACGAAGAUGGAUACCGAUGUGGAGAGAAACCGUUCUACAGCAACAAGUUCCGCAGCGUAAACUGUGUGUUCGUUAGCUUUGUCAUCACACAUGCCAAAGAUUCACAAUAAUAAAUGGUCCAGUCGGUCUUCAUCUGCUGAACAUUUGUUUCUGUAUCGUGAGUUAAAGGGUCAGUUCAUCCAAAUAGAGCCCGAGAGGUUUCCGUCUGUCCAUGCAGAUAGUUUUGGUUUUAUUCAUCCAUGAUUCUGACUGAAAUCUUAUCACACCAGAAAUAAUUACAUGAAUCAACCGAAACAUCUUUGGAGAAAUAAAUCACCGUGACAAAACACACUAUCCAGACAAAUAACAUGUAACGUUAUUCUACCGAGUUCUGACUUUAAGAAACAAAACAUCCGUGUUUGUACACGUACACUUGUGCAUAAGAGGAGUCAUCAACAUUUGUAAUGUAGACUUUUUCUUUGGUAGAAGAGUAACUCGGACAUUGUUUCUUAAAGAUGUGCUGGGAGCACCACAAACUUAAUUUAAUUCUCCGUUGUUGUAUUUGGCGACAGCAGAAAUCUGUAAACCAGAUAAACUUAAACUAUUUGCGUGAUUAAACCCCUCUGACUACAUGAGAACAGGCCUUUGCUUUACUAAUUUGGGUGAACACGCACUUAAACUACCCAAUCAUUGGUCAGUUAGCAGUGUGUCAAUACAAAAUAAAAAAGGAGACAUUUGAUUUAUGAAUGCAGAAGUGUUUUGAGUAUGUUUGUGUAAAACCACCAGGUGGUGUCAGAGACAACCCGACACUCUGUGGCUUCUUGAAACAUAUUUUAAGUUUUACGUUUGCCAUGCCAUUUUGGGAAUGACUCCUUUAUCAAACUGAGUUUCUCUGUGAAUACCGGUCUGCGUUUCUUGUGAUUUGUGACAGGCAACCACGUGUACGUCUCCUCUGAAGGAUCACAGGAUGUAUGAAUCAAACAAACCCUAAACACCAAAUCACUGUGAGGCAUGAAGGGGUUCUGACUGCUAAUGACUGGCGGCUCCUCUCUGGAGUCAGCGGAGGACUGAUUAGAAUUGUUGUGAACGCUGAACUCGGUCACACCUACAGAAGGAUCCUCCUCCUCCUCCGGCUCGCUCUGAGGAACAGAAUGAGCUCAGUUCGUUGUUGUAAGGGACGUAACACAGAAACAAGUUUUCUUCUGAAUCUGAAGCAGAAACUCCUUUGAUAUGUUAUCGUCUUUCAUGUGUAAAUUAAAACAGGGAGAAAAAGCGUCUUAAGCGGCCUUAGGGGUAUUGUUUGAACAUCGGAACAGAAAUGGAAAUCAUGGUUGCGUUGUGCGGCGAGGAGGUGUAGAGAAGUUCCUCUUUGUAAUGAAGAAACGCUCCCGAUGCUCCGAGCUGGAUAUUAACGCCAGCAGAUGAUACAAUGCGAUCUGCCGCCAGGAAAUUCAUUCUCUGAAAUGAAAGAGAAAUCCAAUUUCCCCCUGUAUACUUCUCAUUUGAAUAUAUAUCAAAAGCUGGUUUGCUUUCCUUCCUGUUUUUUGCCCACUCAAAAUUGGAAACAUGAAAGUAACCCUGAGCCGCUUAUCCUCGUCAUCUUUUAGGGUGAAACUCAAACCUACGCUGGUUGUUUUGCUGCGAUAAGAGUCACAUUCUGAGUUUCCAGACAACACAUCACUGAGAUGUGAAAAGCAAUGUAAUUACUUCUUAGUCGCAUGAUUCAGAGGUUUGAAUUGUACUUCUCACCCCGUCUGAGGUCGUUUAUUUAUGAGAGACAAUAAGGGACAUCAAACAUGUCGUAGCUCCAGCUUCUCUUUUGUGGUGAUUUAUUUUAUCUUAUGUGAUUUUAAUUUUAAUCAACAGCAAUAUAAUAAUCGAUUUAUCAAUUCUUUAAUAUUGAAGCUAAAACAGUCCAUCUUCUCCAAAGUGAGGAUUGGCCCUUUUUUAUACGAUAGUAAACUGAAUAGAGUUUUUUUUUAAAGAAAUAGUUUGACAUUUUGGGGGAAUUUGUUUUCCUUCUGAGACUUCAGCGAGACGGCUGUUGCCUCUUUCAUGUUUGUACGCUAAAUGCAGAGCUACAGCCGGUUUAGCUUAGCUUAGCAUAGAGAAUAUAAUAGAACCAAACCAAACCGACAGACGGGCGGGACUCAGAGAAUAAGUCUCAAUUAUAAAUCUGUCUGCUACUUCAGCACCACGGACAGCGCCAUGGAUUCAUCAAGACAGUUGGGCUGGUGAUGUUUCAGAGCUGUGGGCGGGGCUGUAGAGUCUAGCUCUGUCAUUUACAAACCUCAGUCACAUUAAGGAUCAAUGAGACUCCUCCCCUCUCAAAUGGCCUGCUGGUUAUAUCGAGUUUGUUUAAUCUGUAAAAGAAUACUAGAGGUGUGUGUGUGCAGGAAGCAGCAGAGACUCCAAGAAGUUCCUCAAACAGAAGCCAUCAGACUGGUUCAGGUCCCGGAUUGAUGUCUUCUAAGUGGGUUGACUUUGAAGCCCAAAUAAAUAGUCUGCUUCUUUAAAAAAAAAGUACUUUUAAAUGUGUUUUAAAUUCACUUAACUAACAAAGAAUGUUUAAAUCAUACAGAACAUAACUGUUUUCCAGCACAGAAAUAGAUUAAAUGUCGUAUAUAUAGAUAUUUUAAAAUGCCAUCCCUCUUCCUUCUAAGCGUCUGUCCCAGGACGGCUGUGAAUACAGUAGCAGUGAGCGUCCCUUAGAUGAUUGCCUGUAUCGACUUUCAUCCUGUAAAAUUACCCAGCACUGCUUUUUUAAUUGACACCCAGUCACCUCCAGUGAUGAAUACCUGGUGGACCCCCCCCCCCCCCCAACACCACCACACACUUGAGCCGCAGCCAAACAUCAUCCCUCUCACUGGAGACAUGAAUUCUACCUCACAGCAGAUCUAUCAGGGGACGUCUAACAACGCACUUUGUUGCUUCAGUGCACCGUCGUGCCUACAAGGACACGGGGCUAGUAGUGUUCAUUGGGGGGGGCGGGCAUCAGUAUAUCAGCUGCCUGCUGGAACAUCUGUAACAAACAAAUUCAGCCGGAUGCUGUCACGUGUGUACAGUGUGAUGAGGGAUACUUAAGAUGUAGGAUUUCACCAGGAGGACCAGCUGUCUGUAACCUUGGCUGAAAUGUCUCUUAUUGUUGAGUUUGGUUUUUCUUUAAAGAAUCCAGUCAGGCAGCAAACAUCUUAAUAAAGGGCAGACAGGUCUGUUAGCUAGUCUCAGUAUUAAAUGCUUUUAAAGGGACAAGUAUACUUUAAAGUAUACAGCUUGUCACGGUUGGAUCAGCUUCAGAAAGCUUCUCCCUUCACACCUUUCCGUUAUCAGAUUUGGGAUGCUGUGUCUGACCAUUUUCUGUAACUUUCCUAAACUGACACUUCACACUGAAUGCCCAGAUGUGUGGAGAUGAGUGUUUGAACUUCUCAUUUUAGCCGUCUUUUUUUCAUCCUCCUUCAAUCUCAUCUAUUUCAUGUGAACAACCGUGUGCAACACUAUGAAUGUCCUCCAGGAGAGACCGAGAUGCCGUUAUCUCCAUAUUUGGAUUCCCUCUGUCUGUCUGUGACGGACAUUUUUCCACCCCGCCUUCGAGUGUGGCCUUCGGAUCAGAUAUAAACAUUUGAUUUCCAACAUGUUUGAACAACACGCUGUUUGCUUGUAUCUAAAGCUAUACUCUCCGUACCUCCAAUGUGUCCUCGUGACCACAGUCUGCAUGUGUGGAACGCAUCCUCUACGUGUCCGUGGUGUCCGCAGCGCACCGUGAACACGUCCUUUUGGGAUUGUAACGGACGCUUAAAUCCUCAGGAGAGACGGAUAGGAACAAGUCAGCAUGCCGUGACCUAAACGCUGGUUAAAAGAACACACAAUUGUUGUUUAUUUGCCAAAUAAAGAAGGUUGUAAGAGGAUCUUUGAACUUCUCUGUACUCGGUAACAGGAAAAGACAGGGAAGCUGCUCUUGAGACAUAAAUAUACUCAGUUACUCAAUGUAAACAAUCAUUGAAGCGCAUCUAAACUGUAAGAGACCAGCCUCACCUUUCAGAUGGACUAGUUGAGCUGUUUACCACUCAGGUGUACUGAGGUACGGGUGAGUGGUGCUCUCUCCUCAUCAAUUAGAGCCGAGCUGUGUGGGCAGCAGAGAGUACAUCUGAAAUACCGGAUGUCACAACAAAGAAGCUUUUUGCCAGAACACAAAAAAACAAACAGGAGGUAGUCGUGUUGUUCCAGGGAAGAGUUGUUUGCUGGUAUUUUUACUGGUUGCAACCCUAAACUUGGCUCUUUUAGCACAUUAAACUCUCAGUUAACUGAAGCGCUGCAGGCGGUCUGGAGUGUCAAAAGCUAUUGAAAACAUGUGCGCCCUUGAGCAUGGCACUUUGCCCCCCCAACCACCCAGCACAGUGGCCAGCAGCACAUAAUCAUUGCAGAUGCAGCUAUUGCAAUAUGAAUAAUGUGCAACACAUCCUCCCCCACAGUUAACCUCCGGAGCCGUCUGUGUAAAUACGAAGAUGUUCUGGAUAAAUAAAGGUUUAAUAGCAGUAAAUAUAAAGAAGAAGAAGAAAUAAAGCCGUGCGUGCGUUGCCAUACAUUGUUGAAUGUCUCUUUAUGUCUCAGUGGUCACAGAGUCAAACCAAGGGUACUUGAACUUUGGAUGCACUUUGCUUUUUGAGUGUCGGAUAAAGUCUUCCUCUUGUGAGAAGCAGUCUGUGUGUUUAGAGAUGAUGGAGACUCGCUAACAGUCUCCAAGAAGCCGCUCUUCAAACCAUCGCAGCGGCCGAGCGCUGUGUUAUUUCUCCACCAUCUGUCCUUCUGUUUCAUUGAGCCAGAGGAUGAACCCCUUGAGAGGCACCGUCCUGUUUUCAAAGGGGAUUCUCAGGCAGUGGAACAUUUAAGCACAUAAAUAAUAAUAACGCGAGUAAUUUAAACAAUUCAACAGCACAAAAUAAUCGCUGACACACACACGUGGUCUUUAAAAUAGUUCUUUAUUGAUUUUCUGACAAGCGAGUCAUCGGCUGACUGUAACAAUGAGCUCAGGUGUUUUAUUAUGUUCUUCACAGCAGUCGAUGUCAUCGCUGAAAUAGAUCUGAUAUUUAUAUCUGACAUCAAUAUUUUAGGAUUCUGUAAAACCUGUUUUUUUUCACAGCUAAUGGCAACAUUUAAAAGAUAUUUUCUUUCUUCAGUAUCUGCGCAUGUUAACUACCUUCUGGUUAACGUUCAGGAAUCAUUGUGAUCACAGCUAUGAGAUGGUUAGGGUUAGUCAGAGACCGUGGGUCCGGUUGAUGAUGGUGAACAUGGCUCUCACUUCAGGACAGUCUGGUGUUGAAGGCUUUCAUGGUUGUAGACACUAAAGUAAAGUAAAGAGACCUCUUUCACUGAUUAACAUGUAAAAACAAAGGUGAGCAGGUUGCAGGCUCCUGGUAUUGUGUCAUUGCUCUCUGGGACACUUGUUGGAACGGAGAUAAAGUUAAUUCGGUUUUA